AUAUCCCAAAAAAAACAAAUAUAAAAGUACUACUCCUUGCUCUCUCUUUCUUGCUUUCUCCCUCUCUGUUUUAUUUUACAACGAAAAAGAAAACGCCUCCUCGCACUACUUUUUAGCUUACCUUUUCAUUGUCACACAAGCACUACUCCAACUCAACAAAGUUACCGACGAUCGUACGGUCACUAUUCUCCGGCGAUGUUUUCCAUCACUCCUCCACCGAUAGAUUCAGAGGCGGAUCCAAGAUUUUAACUGUUCAAAUUCCUGAAGAGGAGAAAAACCUUGAUCCUCAUAGUCGCUUAAUUCCUGUUUGUCAUUUUAUGAAGGACACAGCUCAAAAUCAAGCGGCAAGUACAUGUCAAAUACAGAACUUUGGUGAGCCCUUUUUCCUGGUUGUUCAUGAGGGUGAGAGAUUGGCCAAAGUUAAAGCUCGCAUUCAGAAAAAAUUGCAGGUUUCAGAUGAGGCAUUUUCAAAGUGGAAAUUUGCAUUUUUGUCCCUGGGUCAUCCCGAGUACCUUCAGGACUCAGAUAUUGUGUUCAACCGCUUUCAGAAAAUAGAUGUGUAUGGUUCUUGGGAGCAGUACCUUGGAUUAGAGCACAGUGAUACCCCCACUAGUGCUACCCCCGGCAUAUUUAGUUUUGGUGCUAGCUCUUCAGCUUCGUCAAAAAAUGCUGUCAAUGCCAGCAGCAGAGUCAGUCCUAGUCUAUUUGCUUUUGGUGCCAGUUCUGCCUCUUCACAAACUGCCAGUACUGCUGGAAUUUUCGGUUCCAAUUGGCAGGCCCCAAAGUCUCCAGGCUUCAGUUCCCCAUUUAGUUCUGCUACCCCUACUGCGUUUGCAUUUGGAGCAUCCUCGUCUUUUUUUACUGCUCCAACCACCACAGCGGUGGCCUUUGGAUCAGCACCCAUUACCCCUAGUGGACCAGCCAUUUCAUUUGGUUCAAAUUUGACCAACUCGUCUUCACAGGCCAUAUUUGGUUACUCUACUACUCCUUUUACUGCGCUCCCUGGGAACAAUAACCAGAUGAAGUCAAAGGAAGGCAGCAUGGCUAAGGACGCUAUGCAUGCAUCUUCCCCUGCAAUUUCAUUUGAUCAACCUUCUGUCUCGCCCUCUCCAGUUGGUUUCAUGUUUGGUUCAACUCCUAGUCCAUUCCAGUUUGGCGGCCAGCAGAGUCAGCCUGCUGCUCAGAACCCAUCUCCAUUUGCAGCAUCAGGCAGUUUAGGUGCUGGAGGAAGUUUCUCAUUCGGUAGCAGUGGUCCUGACAAAUCAGGUUGAAAGAUCGUCAAAGUUAAUAGAAAUAAGAACAGAAGGAAGUGAAGUAGUUGGCGACAACUUUGGAUCCUCAUGGUAGAUAUUGGUUGGCAAGAGGAUAAAUUUUUUGAUGAUAGAUCAGCAGCCACAGUCAUGGGUUUGUGCAAUUUUCCAUUUUUUAAUUGUGGGUAUUGUAUCUGCAUCUCCAGAAAUGCAUCUCCAGGAAGUGAAAGAUCUUUUAAUCCUAUUAGCUUUUGGUUUUUUGGCCCAGAUCUAUGGCAUAAAAUGUCACAAUUUUGGAUAACAGUUCUUGGUCAAGUGGUCGUAUUGUAUCAUUAGGGGGCUGUAGAGGGCCUGGUUAAGUCUUUCUUUUUCUUUUUGUAAUCUCAUUCUGUAUUAUUACAUGUAACAUAAUAAGGAACUGUAUGCUUUUGUAAGGAAA